AUGAUUUGCAAGCUGGCAGUGGCAGCAGCCUAUCAAGUAGACCGACUGACCGAAUGCGUAGCUGGUGGCUUGGUGCCUGCCGCCUGGUGUGAUCUUGUGAAGACUGAAGAGUGUUCUGUCUUCACAUUUAAUGCAAGGCAAAUAAACAAGUCAAGUGAAACUGUGAAAGUUGUCCAACAUUUAAUGCAAAAGCAACAAGGUUUAGCAUUCUGUGGCCAUGAUGAAUCUAAAAACUCAAGUAAUCAGGGAAAUUUUCGUGAAUUGUUGCAGUUUCUAGCAAAACAUAAUGAAGAAAUUGACAAGGUAGUCUUGGAAAAUGCUCCUGAAAAUCAUCAAAUGACUGCACCGGACAUUCAAAAAGAAAUAGCAAAUGCUGCAGCAAGUGAAACUCUAGAUGCUAUUCUUAAAGAUCUUGGAGACUCGUCAUUUGCUAUCCUAGUUGAUGAAGCUCGUGAUAUAUCUGUUAAAGAACAAUUGGCAAUUGUUUUGCGAUAUGUAGAUAAGAAGGGUCAUGUGAUUGAACGUUUUUUAGGCAUCACACAUGUUAGCAAUACCACGGCUGCAACAUUGAAGAUGACAAUUGAGUCAGUACUUAUCAAACAUCAUUUAAGUAUUAGCAAAUUGAGAGGACAAGGAUACGAUGGAGCUAGCAAUAUGCGAGGUAAGUUGAAUGGACUUAAAACACUUAUUUUGAAUGAAAACUCAUCUGCCUAUUAUGUUCAUUGCUUUGCACAUCAGCUUCAACUGACUUUAGUUGUUGUUGCUAAAAAUCACAUCCAAAUUGCAACUUUUUUUAGCUUGGUUAAUAGUGUUUUUAAUGUUGUUGGAGCAUCAUGCAAGCGUCGUGACACACUUCGUGAAAAAAGAAUUGCUGAAGUUGUUGAAGCACUACAAAAUAAUGAAAUUUCUACUGGUCGUGGCUUGAAUCAAGAAAUGAAUCUAAAGAGACCUGGAGAUACACGUUGGAGUUCUCAUUAUGGUGCAAUUAUUAAUCUUAUUAUCAUGUUUUCUUCUAUCAUCGAGGCGGUUGAAGAUAUUGUGGAAGAUGAUGACUUGUUUGCUGCCUUUAAUAAGGAUAAUAUACUUUGUCUUGCUCAGCUUUAUCCGAAUGAUUUUUCAGCAAUUCAACUUAUGACUUUGGACAACCAACUUGAAACAUAUAUCAUUGACAUGCGUUCUAGUGAAGAAUUUGCCACACUUAAAGGGAUUGGACAACUUGCUGAGAAGAUGGUGGAGAUGAAAAAAUAUAUCACCUAUCCAUUAGUUUAUUCAUUGGUGACAUUGUCAUUGAUUCUAUCAGUUGCGAUAGCAACUGUUGAAAGAGCAUUUUCAGCAAUGAAUAUUGUUAAAAAUCGUUUACGUAACAGAAUGGGAGAUCAGUGGAUGAAUGAUUAUUUGGUCACGUACAUUGAGAAGGAUAUAUUCAAGACUAUCAACAAUGAAAAAAUCAUGCAGCGAUUUCAAGGAAUGAAGACUCGUCGAGGACAACUCAAUUAA